UGUUUUGCUUCUUUAGGAAAUUGUGCUCCUUUGUUUGCUAUAUAUAGGCGUUGGUUUUUAUUGUGUUUUAUCUCAUCCACUUUUUAUUUUCACUCUUUUUUUGUUAUAUAUCUAACCCCAUUUCAUUUCAUUUCACUGGAUUUAAUUUUAUCUAAUUUUAUUUUAUAUUAUUUUAUAUUAUUUUAUAUUAUUUCUUCUUCUUUGUUAUCUGGGUUCCUCUCUUCUUAUCCUCAAGUCUCUCAUUCACCUUACAGAAUACUCUAUCAUAUACCCUUAAUUUUCACCAGAACUCUAUCCUUAAACUCUAUUAGACAUACAUAAUACUUCUUUUCAACUACCCUUUUUUGCCAUCGUCCAAUCACCUGAAAUUGUCAGCCUCUCCAUCAAAAAUGAGUGAAGGCACAUCUUCAUCUUAUGAGAAAUCUCCUCAAAAAAAUUUAAAACAUGAUUCCGAUUACGAUGAUAAUUCUAUUCGUGAAUAUAGCGGCUUUGAUUCAAAUGCUGAUCAAAAUAUUCAAUCUUUAGCAAGACAGUUUACUAACAACUCAUUGAAUUCUGAUCUUAAUAGCAACAAUAAAAAUAAAAGUAACAGUAAAUCAUUCCUCAACAUCAUCAAAACUUUAUCCAGAGUUUCAACUGUUCCUGGUCCUGCUCAAAACACUUUUCAUAACGAUAUUGAUCCCAAAUUAGAUCCAAAUAGCGAUGAAUUUAGUUCAAAAGCCUGGAUUAAAAACUUGAGAAAACUCAUUGAUACUGAUCCUGAUCAUUACAAACAUUUCUCUCUAGGCUUAGCCUGGAAGGAUUUGAGAUCUUACGGUGUCGCUGCUGACGCUGACUACCUCAAAACUGUCUCCAAUUUCCCAAUAAAAUUAGCUUCGAAUUUUGUCAACUUGUUUAAAAAAACUGAUGAAAGUAAAUAUUUCGACAUCUUGAAACCAAUGGAUGGUCUAGUCAAACCUGGUGAAGUUGUCGUUGUUUUAGGCAGACCUGGUUCUGGUUGCUCGACUUUUUUGAAAACUAUUGGUGUUCAAACCCAUGGUUUCCAUGUAUCAAAUGACUCUUUAAUUUGUUAUGACGGUUUAACUCCACAUCAGAUCAGUAAAAACUAUCGUGGUGAAAUUGUUUAUAACGCUGAACAAGAAGUCCAUUUUCCUCAACUCACCGUUUAUGAUGUCUUAUCCUUUGCUGCCAAAUUCAGAACUCCUGAAAAUAGAGCCCCUGGUGUUGAUAGAGAAACCUAUGCUAACCAUUUGACCGAAGUUUAUAUGGCAACCUAUGGCUUGUCUCAUACAAGAAAUACUAAAGUUGGUAACGAAUUAAUUCGUGGUGUCUCCGGUGGUGAAAGAAAAAGAGUCUCCAUUGCUGAAGUCUCCCUUUGUGGUGCUCCCCUUCAAUUGUGGGAUAACGCAACUAGAGGUUUAGACGCUGCAACUGCUCUAGAAUUCAUUAGAGCUUUGAGAACUUCUGCUGACGUUCUCGAUUCUACCUCUUUUAUAGCAAUCUAUCAAUGUUCUCAAGAUGCUUAUGACUUGUUUGAUAAAGUUAUCUUACUAUAUGAAGGCCGUCAAAUCUAUUUCGGCUCAACUGAAGAUGCUAAAGAAUUUUUUUUUACAAUGGGUUAUAAUUGUCCUCCAAGACAAACCACUGCUGAUUACUUGACUUCUUUAACCAAUCCAUCUCAAAGAAUCCCAAGAAAAGGUUAUGAAAAUAAAGUCCCAAGAACCGCCGAAGAAUUUGAAUCUUAUUGGAGAAAUUCUCCCCAGUACUCCCAACUAAGAACUGAUGUCGAUGAAUAUGUCAAUCAUUGUAUCACUGAUAAUGUUGUUGAAGAAAUUAGAGAAUCUCAUGUAGCAGCUCAAUCAAAAAAUCAAAGAGCUAGUUCUCCCUACAGAGUAAGCUAUGGUCAACAAAUUAGAUAUCUUAUUCAAAGAGAUUUUAAAAGAAUUAAAAAUGACUUAUCCAUCACUUUAGUAAGUGUUCUUGGUAACACCGGAAUGUCCUUUAUUCUUGGUUCCAUGUUUUAUAAUCUCGAUCAAACCACUUCUUCCUUUUUUCAGCGUGGUGCUGCUCUUUUCUUUGCUGUUUUAUUCAACUCCUUCUCUUCUCUAUUAGAAAUCAUGUCUCUUUAUGAAGCUAGACUGGUUACUGAAAAACAUAAAAUGUAUGCUCUCUAUCAUCCAUCUGCUGCCUCUUUUUCUUCUAUUUUAACUGAAAUCCCUUCCAAAAUUAUCACUGCAAUUGCUUUUAAUUUGGUUUAUUAUUUCAUGGUCAAUUUUCGUAGAUCCGCCGGUCACUUCUUUUUUUACCUAUUGAAUGUUAUUACUGCUACUUUUGCCAUGUCUCAUGUCUUUAGAUGUGUUGGUUCUGCAACUAAAUCUCUUACAGAAGCCAUGACUCCUGCUUCCGUUAUUCUUUUAGCCAUGACUAUUUUUGUUGGUUUUACUAUCCCAACAAGAGAUAUGCUUGGAUGGUCUAGAUGGAUUAAUUAUAUUAACCCUAUUGCUUAUACUUUUGAAUCUUUAAUGGCAAAUGAAUUUCAUGAUAGAGAAUUUCCUUGCGAUACAUUUAUACCUUCUGGUUCUGGAUAUUCCGCUGAUGAUAUUGAUCCCAGUAAUAGAGUUUGCUCCACCGUCGGCAGUGUUAUAGGUCAAAGCUACGUCAAUGGUGAUAAUUUUAUCAAUACCUCUUUUGAAUAUUAUAAUGACCAUAAAUGGAGAAAUUGGGGUAUUGUGUUAGCUUUUGCAGUUUUUUUCCUUUUUAUCUAUCUAGUUCUUUGUGAAUAUAAUGAGGGUGCAAAACAGAAGGGUGAAAUCUUGCUCUUUCAAAGGUCAACCUUGAAAAAAGUAAGAAAACAAAAAAUUGAUAUUGAAAGCGGUAAUGAAAAGAUUCAAGUUGGACAAAAUGAAAGUGAUAGCUCAGAUAUGGCCAAAAAAAUGAUAUCCGGCAAAGACAUUUUCCAUUGGAGAGAUGUUUGUUAUGAUAUCCAAAUUAAAGAUGAAACUCGAAGAAUUCUAAGUCAUGUAGAUGGUUGGGUUAAACCUGGUACUUUGACUGCUUUGAUGGGAGCUUCUGGUGCUGGUAAAACUACACUUCUCGAUGUAUUAGCCAAUCGUGUUACAAUGGGUGUUGUUACUGGUAAUAUGUUUGUCAACGGUCACCUCAGAGAUUCUUCAUUUCAAAGAUCAACUGGUUAUGUUCAACAACAAGAUUUGCAUUUAAGAACAAGUACUGUUAGAGAAGCAUUAUUGUUUUCAGCUUUUUUAAGACAGCCUGCUUCGGUUUCCAAAGAAGAAAAAAUUGAAUAUGUUGAUAAUGUUAUCAAGAUUCUUGAAAUGGAAAAAUAUGCAGAUGCAGUUGUUGGUGUGGCAGGUGAAGGUCUUAAUGUUGAACAAAGAAAAAGAUUGACAAUUGGUGUUGAAUUGGCUGCAAAACCACAAUUAUUGUUGUUUUUAGAUGAACCAACUUCUGGUUUAGAUUCUGAAACUGCUUGGUCAAUCUGUCAGUUGAUGAGGAAACUUGCCAAUAACGGUCAAGCCAUUCUUUGUACCAUCCAUCAACCAUCUGCUAUUCUUUUGAAAGAAUUUGAUCGUUUAUUAUUUUUAGCUAAAGGUGGUAGAACUGUUUAUUUCGGGAAUUUGGGAGAAAAUUGUCAAUCUCUUAUCAAUUAUUUUGAAAAGCAUGGUGCUCCAAAAUGUCCAAAAAAUGCCAAUCCUGCAGAAUGGAUGUUAGCUGUAAUUGGUGCUGCUCCUGGUUCCAAAGCAAAUCAAGAUUAUUAUGAAGUCUGGAUGAGUUCUAGCGAAAGACAAGAAGUUCAAAAAGAGUUGACCCAGAUGGAAAACGAAUUGAUUAAAUUGCCAGUUGAUGACUCUCCUGAACAUCAUAAAUCAUUUGCAACUUCAUUACCUUUCCAAUAUCUUCUUGUGACAAGGAGAGUUUUUGAGCAAUAUUGGAGAAGUCCAAGCUAUAUUUAUCCAAAAAUCUUUUUAACAGUUUUUUCUGCUUUGUUUAUUGGGUUUUCGUUUUUCAAAGCAGGUACAUCUCAACAAGGUUUGCAAAACCAAAUGUUUGCUGUGUUUAUGUCUUUAGUUAUUUUUAACUCUCUUGUUGAACAAAUGAUGCCAGGAUUCGUCUUCCAAAGAGAAUUGUACGAAGUUAGGGAACGUCCUUCAAAAACAUUUAGCUGGCUUGCCUUUAUUUUGGCUCAAAUCACUGUUGAAAUCCCAUGGCAAGUUAUUUGCGGUACUUUAGCUUACUUUUGUUUUUACUAUCCAAUUGGGUUAUAUGAAAAUGCUAUUCCAACAGAUGAUGUUAAUGCUAGAGGCGCAACAAUGUGGCUUUUCUUUGUUUCUUUUUAUGUUUACUGUUCGACUUUGGGUCAAGUUUGUAUUGCAGGAAUUCAAAUGGCAGAAGCUGCUGCAAAUGUUGGUUCUUUGCUUUUCACUAUGUCUUUAACAUUUUGUGGUGUUCUUGCUGGCCCAGAUGCCUUGCCUCGUUUCUGGAUUUUUAUGUACAGAGUAUCACCUUUUACAUAUUUUAUUGAUGGUGUGUUAUCUGUUGGAUUAUCUGGAAAUGAAGUUGUUUGUUCUAGUAUUGAGUAUUUGAAUUUUUCUCCUCCAAGCGGUCAAACCUGUGGUGAAUUUAUGAGUGAUUAUAUAUCAACUGAUGGUGGUUAUUUGUUAGAUGAAAAUGCCACAGGGCAAUGUGAUUUUUGUUCUAUUGCGAGCACAGAUGUUUUCCUUGCUUCUAUUAACUGUGAUUUUUCCAGAAGAUGGAGAAACUUUGGUAUAUUUAUUUCCUAUAUUUUCAUCAAUUUCAUCUUGACAAUAUUUUUGUAUUGGUUAGCAAGAGUUCCAAAAAAAAAUGAUAGAGUGCAGAAUCAAACAGUUGAAAAUCAAACAAUUGAAAAUCAAACAGAUAAAAAGCAAUAAAGCUGUUUCCAUUUAUAAACUAAUGGUUAGUUUAAAAUAUACUUUUAGAAUUAAAAACAAAUAGAAAAUUUAUGUUGUCUAUUUAUUUCUAGCAUUUAAUUACUUUCUUUUUUUUUUCCUGUUUCUCAUUUUUUGUGAUAUUACUUUAUUAAUCCCCAUGUUUCUAGAAAUUAGAAACAAUGUUUAUUUUAAUUCUUUUACAAAAUUGACUAUUUUUAUUAA